AUGCUUGCAAUCUCAACUGCCCCUCAUGCAGUCCUCUUGGGGACUUGCUGCAUUUUAUAUUUUGUGGUAUAUCCCAUCAUUGUGUACUUCAGAGAUGCCAAAGGACUUCGAAAAUUCCCGAAUAUGACACCCCUGUCUGGAAUCACUUCCAUUCCAUUCAUGAUACUUGCUCAUGGGGGGGCCCGAUCAAUGCACCUUGUCCAGCUUCACAAGAAACAUCCUGUCAUCCGUACGGGACCCAACACUCUAUCGUACUCAGACCCUCGAGCUAUCAAAGACAUCUACGGACACAACACCAAGUGCAGCAAAGACGCUUCGUAUGUCCUGACCUCCGGGUCACACUUCCACCUUGCCGAUGUCAUCGACAAGCCAGACCAUGCAAGAAAACGCAAGGUCCUCUCAUCAGCAUAUGCUCUGAAGAAUCUAGAAGGUUGGGAGCAUAAAGUUGCCGAUAAGACGGCAAGAUUGAUCGCACACCUCGACAAGUGUUGCACAGCUCCACUAGCAAGUGACCGACGGAUUCCUGCUCCGGCGGAUUUGAAUGUGGAUUAUAGAGUCUGGACCAAUUUCUUUACUUUGGACGCCAUUGCCGACAUUGGCCUGUCGGAAAGACUGGGAUUCCUCGACAAUGGCCACGACAAGAUCACCGCUCGGAAGACGGAUGGCACGAAAUAUGAAUGCCACUUCCGCGACUGCUUGUACCAGAAUGCCCGCAAGCAAUCCCUCCUGGUCUGGCCUUACCAAUGGUACCCUUUCAUCAACAAAAUCUCAAACAUUAUACCCUUCUACGGCAGAAUGGGCAAAUUCGCCGCACAGUGGGAAGGCAUUCCUCUUGAGCUGGCCCAUCGUCGACUCGAACGAUAUCGCGCUGGAGAGAAGCUCGAUGAUAUUUUCCAAGCACUCAUGGAAGACAAGAAUGGAAACCCCAACAAUCUCGAAUGGGGUGAAAUUGUGGCGGAAGUGAGCAUCAUGAUGAAUGCUGGCAGCGCCACAACGGCAAUUGCCAUGUGCAAUGUGCUAUAUCAACUGUUGAAGAAUCCCGAGGCCAUGAAAAGGCUGGUCGAGGAGCUCGAUGCUGCAUUAGACGGCGAAGAAGAACAAGCCGUGGUGCCUUAUGACCGAGUGAAGCAUCUGCCCUAUCUCAGAGCAUGUUUGGACGAAUCCCUUCGGCUUUUCCCUCCCACUCCUCACGCACUACCGCGUGAAACACCCCCCGAAGGGCUCAGCAUCUUGGAUGAUUAUAUCCCUGGAGGCGUCUCGGUCGGGAUGUCUGCUCUGGUGGCCCACAGAAACGAGUCUAUCUUCCCCCAGGCUGACAAAUACAUCCCUGAGAGAUGGCUGGGGGAGGAAGGUAAGAAUCUUCAACCAUACUUCCUUGCAUUCUCCGCCGGUGCCCGCGGAUGUAUAGGCCGAAAUAUUUCAUACUUGGAGCAGACAGUGGUCCUGGCCUCCGUACUUCGUCGAUACGAGUUUGCUCUCCCUCAUCCGCAGUGGGAGAUUCAACGACUUGAGACGAUGAACUGGUUGUUAGGCGAGAUGCCCGUGAAGGUAUGGAGAAGAAAGGGAGUCUCAGCCUGA